AUGACUAUCUCUCCCAGAAACACAGCCGUCCCACUGCAACCAAUGGAGCCAGAUCUACCUAAGACUCUUCCGAGCACUGUCCUGCCGACCCUGCCGUGCAAUCUUCCAGUAUCACGUUUUGGUGAUUCUGUGGAUAUCGAAAGCAUAGCCAACCCCCUAGUUCAAUCCCUCGCAUCUUUAAGCACCGAUGUUUUGUCCGCCGAACCCGUAUGGCGAGAUAUAUUUGCACUUACAGGGACACUGCGCACGAUCUAUUCAGCCCGUACAAUUGUUGCCGGCUGGUCUGAUACGUGCGGUAUACGGCAAGCUCAUGAUUUUCACCUGAUUCCAGGCUCGGGGAGAGUCUCUCGUCCUGACCAAAAUACUGCAUGGCUCCAUGUUGGCUUCCGAUUCAGGGUAACGGCGGUUCCAGCUGCUGAAUGCCAUGGUUUCCUCGCCUUAGUGCUUGAAGAGGAUGGUCAGUGGAGAAUUUGGACCAUCAGAACCGUGCUUGAGCAACUAGUCGGAUGUCGCAAUGUCAACAUACUCCCAGAAGUGACCGAUAACAAAAACGACAUCUCCAACAGCCUUAACUUGAUGUAUAACAGAGCCAGUCUGGCGAAGGGAGCAGACCAUGACUCAUCAACCCCUGACUACGACGUCAUCAUCGCCGGCGCUGGUCAAGCGGGCCUAAGCACAGCAGGGCGUCUGCAAGCGUUAGAAGUUGAUUACCUGGUCCUUGAAGCGCAUCAUCAGGUUGGUGAAAAUUGGGCCAUUCGCUACGACUCGGCAAAACUCCACACCCCGCGCGAUUAUAGCCAGCUACCCUUCGGCCGGAUAUUCUCGUCGUCAUAUCAAGAAUACCUCAACAAGCACGACCUCGUCAAGGGUUACAAGGAUUUUAUCCACAGAUAUAGCAUUGAGAAGAACAUACAAUGGAGUACUACACUCAAUGGCGGCUCGUGGGAUGCAGCUCGCAAGCUUUGGACUCUUCAAGUAACCCGAUCUGGAAAAGAAGAGAUAUUGACCUGCCGACAUAUUGUAAUCGCCGUUGGGAGUGGGGGCCAGACGCCGAUUAUGCCCACUCUUCCGGGUCAGGAAGAUUUUCAAGGCGAGGUCCUGCACUCUGUAGACUACCGCUCGGCAGACUCAUGGAAAGGUCAGAAAGCUAUUGUGGUCGGUACAGCGAAUACGGCGCAUGAUGUCGCCUCAGACAUGGUGGACGCAGGACUCAAGUCCAUUACCAUGGUUCAGCGGAGCCGCACUUACGUCCUUCCAGCUGAAUACUUCAAAGCUAUUUCGGAUCGAACAUACGACGGAAAAGUGGAGAUUGAGGAUGCGGACCGUGAACAGUACAGCCAGCCACUCGGAAUUUCACGAUUAUUGAGUAUGAAGAGUUUACAUGCUAUGGCAAGCAAGGAGCCCGAAAGAUUCGAUGCGCUAGAGAGAGUAGGCUUCAAAGUUGAGCGAUAUGGCGACAUUGUAUACCAGCUCACCGAAAAAAUGGGUGGACAUUACAUAGACGUUGGCUGUUCGGAGAAGAUCGCAAAGGGCUUGAUCCAAAUCAAAUCCAACGCCCUCGCAUCCCAUUUUACGCGCACGGGACUAAUGUUUAGCGAUGGGACUGAAAUUCCCGCCGAUGUGAUCGUGUUUUGCACAGGUUUCCGCGGCAAUAUGCGAACAAACGUGCAGGAGCUCUUUGGCAAGGAGAUCGCAGCACAAGUUGAUGACUUCUGGACUCUGGAUGCUGAAGGAGAGCUUAAGGGUGCCUUCAAACCUACGGGUCAGUUCAUCAAAGCUCAGCAGUCGAAGGACUAA